GCACAAGGGACGACAACGAGGAUCACCAGCAAUGCAGACUCAAGGGUUACUGCUAUUUGUUGGUCCCGGAAGGGCAAGCAGAUCGUGUGUGGAGAUACCGAUGGUGUUCUCACGCAACGGGCACCCAACGAUGGCGCAGCCAAGCGCACCAUUCAACCACCGGCCACAGAGAACCAUCCCAGUUCAUUCGCUGUGUUGGCCGUCGACUGGAUCGAGACCUACACGUUCAUGGCCAUCUAUGGCCAGUUCCCGCCCGGCGGUUUCGUGUCUGGCAAUGGCGGCGGCGGUAAUGGAUCGGCUGAUGACGAGGACGAGUUUGAACAAGUCCAAACUGCAGCGUACAUUAUCACGCAGACCAAGAAGCAGGCGCCCAUGCACUGGAAGUAUAUCGAGGAUCCAUGCACGGCAAUGGAUUUCCCAAUGCGCUACCCGGGCUUCCACUUUGCUAGCAUCUAUGAUUGGGGAGCAAGCGUGCCGCACAUGCAGUUUUUGACGAGCACGGGCUCGACCGAUGUCAAGACGAUUGCACACUGCCUGCCAGGCGUGCUUGAGGGCGGUGAUGCUGGUAGCGAUGGGCCUGACUGGUGCGAUCUGGAUACUGACCCGUUCCGUGGGCAGUUCCCCCUAGCGGUGGUCAACACCGAAGAAAACGAUACGACGUCGCUAGGCAUGGCCAUUGACUUCACCAGCACUCGUGAUCUGCCGCCGCUUAACCCCGAGGAUUCGACGGCGCCCAUGCCGCCGCAGCCCAUCCUAUGGAUCCUAACCACUGACGGCUGUCUGCUUGGGUAUUAUGUCUACAACACGGUCGAGAUUGAGCGCGGCCAGCAGUGCACGGGCAUGGUCAAGCAGGUGCAGCCACUGCCUGGAGCCGCAGCAUUGCCGGCCACUUCUGCCAAAACUCAGGCACCGGCUGCGGAGAAAGAGGAGUCAUCACUGAUAUCUGGAUUCGUCAAGUCCAAGGCAUUUGGCGGUACUUUCUCGUCGAUUCUUGCUCCAAAGCCCAGCAGCGGCUUGGGUGGGACGCAAGGAUUUGGCACGCCCAAGGAGUUUAAGCCGUCGUUUGGGCCAGCGGGUGCUUCAGCGUUUGGGAUGGCAACAAAGGUGGCGUCAAACUCUAACGCGCCUACGACGUUUGGUAUCAGUGGGCAGCGCACGUUCGGUCAGGUGGUGGGGGCAUCGGCAGGGGCCGCUGGUGCGACGUCGUUUGCAGCACUGGCAGAGAAAAAUUCAGGGUCAUCCGGCAGCAUAUUUGACCAGCCAGCCAGCGGCCCGUCACUUUUUGACCAGCCACCGUCAAAGUUCGGCUCGGGCAUGGCCAAGAAGCAGUCGUUCUGGGGGGAACCAGUUGUAGUGGCGCCUGCCAAGAAGCCUGAGCCUGCAUCGACCACUAGCUCAAAGGCUGGUGCCAAUAUACCGGCCAGCGUUGCCUUUGGCAGUGCGACUGGUGCUGGGGUAGUAAAGGGAUCGGUGUUUGCGCAGUCGCGCAAGGUUGGUGAGUCGAAACCUGCGGACACAACGGUAGCUGAAACCAAGCCCGUGACCUCAAUGCCGAUGUUCUCGACUGCCAACCUAUUGAAGCCCAGCUUGUUCAAAUCCCCCAAGCAAGGCAAGGGCGAUGUUGCCAGUCCCUUUGUGAUUAAGAAGUCGCCUGAGGCGAUCGAGAAGCACGUCUCCUUUGCUCCUAUCCCGUCGAAGAAGACCGAUGCGCCCAAGCCGCCCACUGCCGAGGAGAUUGCAGAGGCGAAGAAGCUUGCAGAGGCCGAGCAGAAGCGGAUUGACAAGGAGCGCCGCGCAAAGCAAGCCGAGGUGGAGAGACUGGCUGCUGAGGAGCAGAAGCGCGCCGAGAAGGAACAGCGGGCCAAGGAGCGCGAGGAGCACCGCCUAAUCCAGGAGCAGAAGCGUCACGAGGCGGAUGAGUGCCGUGCCGAGAGGAGGCGCCGCGGUGAGCUGCGUCAGGACCUCAGGCGUAUGUCCAGCCAGCUGGUCAGAAACCAGUUUGUUUUGACCCUGAACAAGUUUGACAGCGAGCUGAAGCAGUUCAAGAAGUCGGUGCGGCGGUCCCGCCAGACGAUCAAGGGAGUCCAUGCAGCCACUCUGCCGCCGAUCGAGAUCGACGAGUCGGUGACCAAGCUGGCGUCAGCUACGGUGCGCCUCGAGUCUUUGAGCAUCGGGGAUACCGGGGCCUGGAACAGCUUUGCUGAUGUGCUGGCUGGUGCUCUGUUGCAGUCGCGCGAAGACCUGGAGAGCAGCUACAAGGGGAUACGAGACGAGCAGGCAGAUGUGUCUCGAAUCGACACCCGCGGCAGUGAGAUCAAGCGCAUUCUGGAGUCUGCCAAUUCGAUGCGUGCAGCGCCCAAUGCGACUGUCGAUGGCGGAAUGAACCCGCUGCAGCGCGAAAUCCAUAGGCGCCUCCAAAAGAACCUCACUGCCAUCAAGGACAGCUCGGAGCGCGCUAGGGAGCUGGUUGAGGCUGUGGAGGCCAAUCGCCAGUACUCUGAUGGCUUGCUUGGUAGCAGCCUGCUUGGCCCAUCGCCCGAAUCGAUCGAUCGAAAGAUGAAGAGCAUCGACAAGUCGCUGGCCACGAACAAGGAUGCGCUCGAUAGGAUUGCCAUGGAGCUCAACGAAAUGAAGGUGAGUGAGCUGUCGGCCGAGGAGGCCCAGAGGAGCUCGCGCAUGGCGCGUGAAACUCUGGACCAGGUGAUCGCGACUCGCGCGCAGGCUGAUACGGGAGCCCCGCUGCGGGCUGCUACCGACGGCCAGCCCUGGUCGCCACACACGCUGCCAUUUGCUGCUGCUGAUGAAGGCGAGUCUGCCGACCCGCUGCGUACGCCGAUCAGAAGUCCGACGCAGAAUCCGCACUAUCUGCACACGCGAGUGCGCACACUGACGCGUCGCUCGGUUAAGCCCACUCGCCGCCAGUCGUUGGUUCCCGAUAGCGAGAUAGCAAAUCUCGAGCUGAUGGCUACUGGAGACGCCAGCAACAAGGUGUCGAAGCCAUCUGCAGCAACAGCGUUUAUCCAGGCUCGACGCCGUCGUGCCUUGGUGAGUGAGGCCCUGACUGGUAACGCGCGUAGCGCAGCAGUCGUCCUGAUCGCAAAGACGCCAAAGAGUGCACGGUAUCUGGCAAUGGACGGCGAGGAGAGCAUAGUACCAGAGCCGCUGCUCAUGCCAAACAUGGAGCGGUAUGUCGAGGCUUUUGGAAGGCUGAAUCCUGAUGGUGGGGAAACGGUGGGUGCCGGUCUGGAAUCUGACUACGAGGAGGCUUCCGAUUCUGAGCAGGCAGUAGAAGAGGCUGAGGCAGAUGGUGCCCAGUGGCCGCAGGUCGAACCGGUUUCCGACUACGAAGAUGACGAAGAGGAAAAGCCAAGUACGGAGUGGGAGACAGAGACUGAGGGGGAGUCUGAGACAGAGACUGAGGAGGAGUCGGAUGGGGAGCAGAGCGCAGAAUCCGAGUCUGGGGAGGAGCAAGAGGGAAGGCAGAAAAAGACAGCCGAGAGCGAUGGUGGCAAGGAGCCUGUAGAUGGAGACUCGGCAAAGGACACCGCUGCACCGGCCGUGCCUUCACCCAAGGGCUUCAUGGCUGGCGCUGAGAAGCGGUUCAUGCUGCCAGUUUCUGCAUCAGCACCGGCUGUGGCUUCCAAGACGGUAGCGUUCAGCAGCCCUGUGCCCAAUCUCCCAGCAGGCACCGUUUGGCAGUGCGAGAAGUGCAGCAUGUCGAACACUGGCCCUUGGAGCAAAUGCAGUCGCUGCAAUGCACCAAAGCCCUCAGCGACGAGCGAGGCCAAAUCCGAAGAACCCAAGCCUGCGGUAAAGGCGGAUGCUGCAGAUGCAACGGAGAGGGCUUUUACACCUCUGUCAGCCAGUGGUUUCAAGGUGGCGGCGGUCGAGGAUGGCAAGUGGAAGUGUUCGACAUGCGACCUGCUCAGCCCUAACUCUGCAUCCAAGUGCAUCGUCUGCGAAGCGCCAAAGCCUGGAGCGGUUACCGAUGAGGCGACGAAGGCUGGCACACCAGCUAUGCCCUCAUUUGGCAGCUUUAAACCUACUGGUGGAUUGCAAUUUGGGACCAGCAACACAUCGGUGUUUCAGGCCACACUCAGUGAUACUGGCGGGUUCAAGAGAUCGUUCCCUGGAUUCGUGCCGCCUGGGGCUGAGAAACCUGCCGCUGGGCAGGAUGUAACCUCGCUGGCAGGCAUGGCCACUGGUACCGGUGUAGGCGUUCCUGGGUCAAGUGGUGCUGGUAUCUCCAUGCCACUGUUCCGUGGAUUUGUGCCGCCUGGUGCAGAGAAGGCUGCUGCAGAUAAGAGUUCGAAGGACACUGCAGCACCGCAUGAAAGCAAGACGGCUGAUGCUGAUGCGGGUGUACCUGGGUCAAGUGGUGCUGGUAUCUCCACACCACUGUUCCGUGGAUUCGUGCCGCCCAGUGCAGAGAAGCCUACUAUCGAGGAGGAUUCGAAGGAUGUUGGUGCACCGGAUGAAGGCAAGACGGCUGAUGCUGAUGCGGACGUGCUUGAGGUGGGUGGUGAAGUGGAUCAAGAAAAGGAAAGCCAGGAUUCGGAAAGUGGAUCGGACGAUUUUGCCCAUGUUAGUCAGCAGACAGAGAGCCAGGCUGAGGACAUCACUGACGAACCAGCGGAAUCGGAUGGCGAGGAGUCUAAGCAGGACUCUGCUUCAUGGCCGGCACCUACCAAGGAUGUGCAAAUGUCUCCAGCGCUGGCUGAAGCUGCGCCGUUGGACACUGAUUACGACCGGAUCAGCCAGGGAAAGGUUGCACAGGCUGGACUCGACAGAGUGGAGGUACCAUCGGCUGCGAUUACUGUUGAGAGCGCAAGGGUCGAGGAUAUUGCCAAAUCGGCAUUGACAGUUGGCAGCGAUGCGCAAGACAAGCACAGCGACACGCCUGCUACUUUGCCAAUUGUUGAGAAGGCGAAGGUUGAGGAUAUUGUAGAGUUGGCGCUGCCAGCAGGCAAAGGCGAGCCUGCAUUGGAGAUUUCUGAAUCUGCCAAUGUUCAGCUAAACGCUGACUACGACAAGAUCAGCACUCCCAACGAGUCGCUAGCAGCUGAGCAACAGAAGGUUGCCGAGGACAGCUGUUUGGAUCAGGUUGUUCCUGAAGAGGCUCGAGCCGUUGAUGCUACUGCAGGUGCUUUGGUUGAGGACGUAGUUGGAUCGGCACUUCGCUCUGCUGCUGAUGUGGGCAGUGAGGACGAUGCUGCUGCUGUAUUCGAGCAGGCAGUUGCUGAGGUUGCUGGUCAGCCUGGCGCCAACGAUACUAUUUGCACUGGAGUCGAUGUGACCAUCAAGAGGGACGAUGCCGCUAAUGGCGCCCAGAAGCCGUCUGCAGAUGUGGCCACUAGCGAGGACGCUACACAGCUGGCCGACGUCGCGGAAUCCAAGACGGAGUCUGGGGCCAAGGAGGCCAAGGAGGCCAAGGAGGCCAAGGAGGCCAAGGAGGCCAAGGAGGCCAAGGAGGCCAAGGAGGCCAAGGAGGACACAGAGGGCACAGAGGGCACUGAUUCGACUGCGUCAGAUAAUGAAUCGGACGAUUUUAUCCAUGUCAGCCAGCAGGCAGAGAGCCAGGUUGAGGAAACUGCUGAUGCUUCUGGCGAAAGCAGCGCAGAGCAGACUAAUGAGCUGUCAGAGCUGGGGCGCGUGGAUGUCGGUCAGCUAGUUCGUGGUGCCUCCGUCGAGGAUAUUGUUGCUGCCGCAGUUCCUGCACUUAUCUGUUCGUCGUCUGUGCUGGAGGCACCGGAGCACGCACGCCAGCAGGUGGGUAGUGAUGCUGUGGAGGGCAUCGUUGAGAGUGGGUCUGCAAAUGUACUGGAUGCGGCAUCCGUCGAAAAUGAUGCUGCGGAACAGCCUAUGAGCCACAUUGCUACAGAAGCUGAUGUCGAUGAAUCGCAGCCGUCGGAUGAUUUCGAAUUCUUGUCACACCCAGACAGCUUUGAUGGCACUGGCCGCAUAUCCCAGGCCGAUCUCAGGGCAGAGUCGGCACCAGCAGCGCUGUUUGGUAUGGAUGCCAUUUCGUCGAGCCUUGAUGAUGCAGCGGCAAAUAUGGUGUCUGAUGCAGAUACCGAAGAAGUCGGGGAAAGCGACGACGACGACGUGCCGAAUAUUGCUGCCGAGACGCCUCCGCCUGGCAUGUCUCCAUCACCAGCUCCUGGCGCAUCGUCUCUUUUCAAACAGUCGUCUCUCUUCAGCCAGCCAUCAGCGUUUGGCCAGAAGCCUUCGGCGGCGGCGCCUAGUACUUCGUCGGGUGUGUUCAAAAAGGGUGCAUUUGGGAACAUGGGCAGCUUUGGAGGAAGCCCCAAGUAUGUCGUUGCUCCAACGGACACCAGCACGUCCGGACUGCCCAACGCAUUCUCGAGCACAGCCGGGACGACACGCAUGCCAGAGUUUGGCUCGAAACUCGGCAAGCCAGCGUUUGGCGUGGCAUCAAUGACUCAAGUGAAGCGCAUUGUGUCGCCUACUGCUGGUGCAGCGAUGGGGACAUUCGGCAGCAAGUCGUCUGGAUUUGGAGCUGUGUCUGACGCCUCGAUCAAUCCGUUCGACAAGUACAAGGAAGCAUCGUCAGACCAGGCUUUGGGUGGCCCGAACCCUGCAGCUGUGUCGCCCAAUGUUGCGUUUCCGAGGACGACGAGCAAGAACACGCAAAAGCCAGCCAAGUCAGGCAACGGCAUGGACGAUCCAGUGCGCAGGAUGAUCGAUGGGAGUGACUACGAGGACAACUCAGAGGCAGAGCUCGGCGACGAGUCUGACUGAGGAGGGUCGCUGCUUGUACUUGCUUGGUUAUCAAUAUAUCUGCAUUUUGUUC